AUGGCAUGGUCUCAAUUCAACAUCCCCUCGAACGGUUCCGGUACGCCUGAUGAGCAGCAGAAUGCUAGGGGUAUUUGUUACCCCUAUGAGUCUACUGCUCACCAGGCCCCGCCCUCCCUCGCGGCCGAGCCAUCGAUGUUCUCCGAGAACCAUCUUCAGUACAAUACUUCCAUGCAACACCCCUCCGCACCAGCUCAUUCCAGCUACCCCGUGCCUUUUCGUUUCACUCAUACCGACUUCGAUCCUCCCAAUCCCAAUACAGUACACCACCCCUCGAUCGAGAACAACAGGCUCAGAGAGCCCUCCAUGGGGUAUCUCAGCUCUGGGCCUAGUAGUGCAUGCACUACGCCGUCGGGGUCGAGAGGAUCCACUCCCGCUAUGCAAGAGCUCCCCCAAUCAGGCAUCGGUGGUCAUGAAAUCCAGACUACCUAUGGCGCUGCCCAAAGACUUCAACCGAGGCAAGAGUCAGUCAUUUCUCUAGUGCCAAGCUAA